AUGAGCCGACAAAAGGUCGUUGUCAUUCUAUUAUUGAAUGUAUAUUUAACAUCAUUCGUCUAUGCUCAGUAUGGCAGUAAUUUUGGCAAUAGCAAUCCCGGAUACGGUGGUACUGGUACCGGUACCAGUGUAUCAUCAGGAUAUUAUGGAUACAAAGGUCAAAAUCCCGUCAGAGGACCUGGUGGAUCAGAUGGAAAUUCAGAACCCGAACCGUUCAACUUUGCUUACCAAGUAAAAGAUGCACCCGCCAAUACAUACUUCAAGCACGAAGCCAACAGUGACGGCAAACGAGUGACCGGAGCGUACAGCGUACUUCUUCCUGACGGUCGUAAUCAAGUAAUGACAUAUGUUGCCGACGAAAAUGGUUACAAUGCGAAGGUCAACUAUGAAGGGGAAGCUAAACCACAACGAUCUCAACCAGGCAUCCAAGGAGGUUAUCCGUCCGCACCGGGUUUCCUUUCUACUGCUCCUAAAUAUCCUCCUGCCCCAAUACGUGGUUCUGAUCCUCGUCCCACUGGUUAUCCAGGUUCUGCUGUUCCUGACCCGGGUUAUCCUUCUUCUGGUCCUGCUGCCCGUCCUGAUCCGGCUGGUUAUCCCGGAUCUGCUUAUUUUGGUGGAUCUCCUCCGCCACUAAGUUAUCUCGUCCAAUUUCCUACUUUCAAAAACGGUGUUAAGGGAUCUUCUAGACCCAAAAUAUGGAAUUUUGACUAA